UGCCAUCUUUCACACAGUUCAUUUGGUAAACAACUUUAGUUUACCAGAAAAGAAGUUUUUCUCUGUUGAUUCUUCACCAAACCACCAAUUUCUCUCUCUCUCUCUCUCUCUCUCUCUCUCUCGUACACAUUUUCUACUGUGUCAUUCUAGAGAGAGAUCGCUUCAAAAAUGAAGAGGCCCCAUCCACCUUCUUAUUCAUCUGCUUCUUCUUCUUCAUCUUCUUCUUGCAUCAAUUCAACAAAAACCCAAAAAAAAUCCCAGCCUAAACGUGUUAGACCCAAGAAAAUUCAGAAUGCUGCUGCUGAUUCUAAUAAAUCAAGAAGCUCCAUUUUCAGAGGUGUCACCAGGCACAGAUGGACCGGAAGGUUUGAAGCACACCUGUGGGAUAAAAGUACAUGGAACAACAUUCAAAACAAGAAAGGAAAACAAAUCUAUUUGGGUGCAUAUGACAAUGAGGAAUCUGCGGCUCGAACCUAUGAUCUAGCUGCCCUCAAGUAUUGGGGACCCGGUACUCCCAUGAAUUUCCCGCUUGAGAUGUAUUCGGCUGAGACUGAAGAAAUGCAAAAAAUGACAAAGGAAGAAUACUUAGCAUCGCUUAGACGACAAAGUAGCGGAUUUUCGAGAGGUGUAUCUAAGUACCGUGGUGUGGCAAGGCACCACCAUAAUGGUCGAUGGGAGGCUCGAAUUGGACGUGUUUCUGGAAAUAAAUAUCUUUAUUUGGGAACUUUCAGCACACAAGAGGAAGCUGCGGCAGCAUAUGAUAGGGCAGCAAUAGAAUUCAGGGGGCCUAAUGCAGUAACCAACUUCGACAUUAGCAAAUAUACAGACAAGUUGAAAACAUUCACACCGGAGGUCAAAGUGAAUCAGGAAGAUGUCCAAGCAACGAAUCAAGAAACUUCAGAAACUUCGGAGGUCGUCCCUCAAAUGCAAGGAGACGAAACAAUUGAUCGAGGAACUUCUGAGCUCGUCCCUCAAACGCAAGGAGACGAAACAAUUGAUCAUCAAUACCAUCAAGAAGAGGAAUACAAUCAAAUGGUUCAACCAAGUGACUCAAACUUAGAGUUGAUUGAUUCCAUGGACUUGGAUGUAAUGGCGAUGAUGGACCCCACCGAAGGCAUCGAGUACUGUUGGGACAAUCUGUGCUUUGACUUGGACCUCUAUUCGCUUCAAAUUCCCAACGAUCCUCUCGAAAACAAUGAGUUGUUGGGAUUGUUUGAAGAAAAAGGUUUCGAGGAUGAUAUUGGUUCCAUUUUUGACAAUUCUUUCGAUGGAAACGAUUUUCUCCAGGACACAAGGUCCGGAUCAAGUGCUGGAAGUAAUGGCGUCGAGGCAAAUAUUUCGGUAGGUCAAAGCGAAAAGGGGCGAGAUGCAUCAAUAACUUCUUCUUCACCACCACCACUACCAUCAACAACAACAUCAGUUGGUAGCAACAUAGAGUAGUAUUGUAAGAAUUUUCUAAAAUUCAGCUCCGGAAACUAUUGAAGAUUAGCAGAAAACAUGGAUUAAUCAUGUGGCUGCACAAACUUUAAUGUUUUAUUCUUAUGAAUUACAUUUUUUUGGUAUUUACAAUAAAUGACUGGCUCGUAAUUAUUAUGUGAAGAAUCAUAAUCCAUUGAAUUUAUAAACAGAGUCUUGCUUCCUUUUU